GCCCUCCGAUUGUUUCAGUCAUUGUCCAUGUAGCCUGCGUGCUAGCCAUAAAGUAGCGCUCUAAAUAUACGUUAAAUGUGUUACACGCGCAUCUAAACUCGUUGGAAUUACAACCAAACGUUUGAAAAGUUGACGACUCAGCCAUGAGCAAGCGAAAAGCUCCACAAGAAUCUUUAAACGAGGGAAUAACAGACUUCCUCGUGGAGCUGGCCAACUACGAGAAGAACGUCAAUAGGGCAAUUCACAAGUACAACGCUUACAGGAAAGCAGCCUCAACAAUUGCCAAAUACCCCCAAAAGAUUAAAAAUGGCGAAGAAGCCAAGAAACUGGAUGGCGUUGGAGCUAAAAUAGCUGAAAAGAUUGAUGAGUACCUGCAAACGGGAACCCUACGGAAACUGGAAAAGAUUCGAAAUGAUGACACCAGCUCUUCUAUUAAUUUUCUCACAAGAGUCACUGGAAUUGGCCCGGCUGCAGCCAGGAAAUUUUUUGAAGAAGGCGUGAAGAGUCUUGAAGACUUGAAAAAUAUAGAACACAAGCUUAAUCAUCAUCAGCAGAUUGGGCUCAGGUAUUUUGAGGAGUUUGAGAAAAGGAUUCCAAGAGCUGAAAUGGAAAAGAUGGAGGCACUUAUCCUAGAAGAGUUGACAAAGAUUAACGGUGACUACAUCGGAACAAUCUGCGGAAGUUACAGGAGAGGCGCCGCAUCGAGCGGUGAUAUUGAUAUCUUGCUGACCCACCCAGACUUCACCUCUCAGACCGAGAAGCGACCAAAGCUCCUCCACGCCGUGGUGGAACAUUUGGAGUCCGUCGGCUUUGUGACCGACACUCUCUCCAAAGGGGACUCCAAGUUCAUGGGAGUGUGUCAGCUGCAAAAAGGAGAUGAAGAUGAGGAAGAAUAUCUUCACAGGCGGAUUGAUAUCAGGUUGAUCCCCAAGGACCAGUACUACUGUGGCGUUCUGUAUUUCACCGGGAGUGAUAUCUUCAAUAAAAACAUGAGAACUCACGCUUUGGAGAAGGGCUUCACACUCAAUGAAUACACCAUACGGCCACUUGGGGUCACUGGUGUGGCAGGGGAGCCUCUAUUGGUGGAAAGUGAGAAAGAUAUUUUUGAUUAUAUCCACUACAAAUACAAGGAGCCAAAGGAUCGCAGCGAAUAAAGACAAAGAAGGCUUUUAAAUCUAGAAAAUGGGCUAUUGUGACACAUCCGCCAGCAUGCAUAGGUGGGUGGGUGUGAAGACCUCCUCCAGUCCUCAUCAUAAUUUUUGUGCCCCGGCAGUACACAGUACAAUAUGUUUUGUUGUCAUCAAGGUUUAGCAAAAGAGCUGCAUGAAUAUUUGAAAUGGUGCUGUAGAAUUAAAUUGGGUGAGGACAUGACAAACCGUUUUUUUAUUUGAAAUUGUAAAUGCUUAAAGUAUUGCUUGUGAUGACUAUGUACUACAAUGGGGUUUUGAUUAACUUGUGUGUGUUUUUAAUGAAUUACUGGCUAUUGUAGUACAAUAGUAUAAGACAAGUAAGUAUGUCAUAUUUAGGGCUGCCAUACGAUUCUCAUUUGCAAUGUCAUUUUCUUUUCAGGACAGUGAUAUUUGAUAUUUGAAACUACUUAGUUCACUGUGAGUGAAAUGCUACAAUAUCAUUUUCUUUUGACCAACAUGUUUUGUGGAUUCAGGAAAGUCUUGCAGGGCUACAAAAUAAAGACAUGGGGAAAAAAAUG